UUUAAGAGUCCUGCCCACCGUGCGUUGCUCAGGUGAAACUCAAGUGUCAAGUUUUGUUACCUAUUGGAUUAGUGCUACCUACGACUCACAAAGUGGUUAGGGUUAGGGUGAGGCAUGGGGUGGGGUUAGUGAAGCCAUAGACUCCGCUAGUAAGGUAGCAUAUCUCAACAAGGUAGCACAAUUUGACAGAACACAGGCACUGAAGUAGCUAAAACAUCCGGGGACCUCAGCAGCACUUCUUGUUUAAUGUUAUGAAGCUGAGCUGAAGAAGAGGGUCCACUGAAAGAUUAGAGCUGAUGUCAGCAUGGAGGCCAAACAGUCAGUCCAACUGGACAAGGAGCAGCACCAGUGUACGGGCAGACACUGUACACAGUGCCCAGACAGUGGAGAAACUGGAGGCCUGUCUAAGAAUCAGCAGGUUAGAGCUGUGGUCCAGCAGUACAACCAAGAUGAAGCCAAAAGUCUGCAAACAGCUACACCUCCUAAGGGCAAAGUUCGCCACAGUUUUGUCAGCAUACCUGUUCUUCACCCAAAGAGACUGAAGACAGCCAAGGCCCUUGUAGAAAAAGCUGUCAAGAUGCAUAAGGUAUUCUCUGUAGAGGGCCCUUACCCUGUCAUCAGGGAGGCACUUAGGGCCAGAGGCUGGAUUGAGCAGCGAAUGCAUCGUCCCAACAGGCAUACACACCGGCAUUACAGCAAUGACAGCAGAACCAGCUCUGUUGAUGCAGGUGACAGUGAUGGUGACAAUGAUGGCAAUGUCGAUAAAGAACAGAAUCCAGACGAGCUACAUGAUCUCAUGUCUCGUCUGGUGCGGAAGGAAAUGGUUUAUUUCUAUUGGACAAACCGUGGGGACGCCAUCAGCACCAAGAGCUUGCAAAAAGAACAGAUUACCAAUCAUUUCGCAAAGGCAGGCAGCUUCACCACCAAGGUGGGGUUGUGUAUGAACCUGAGGAACCUGCACUGGUUUGAUUCCACUAACCCAGACACAUUCUUCCCCCGCUGUUACAGAAUAGGAGCACAGGAUGAGAAGCAUGCUUUCAUUGAGGACUACAGGAGGACAGCCUGCGCCAGUCUUUUGAAGUACAUUGUGGAGAGGGAUCAGGGUAUUCAGGGAGAGGGAAUGAGCCAUAACAUUUGCUCCCUUCAGGAUCAGCAAAAACAAAGCAAAUCUACACGAGUGGUCCUUUCUCAAAUGAUUGAAAAAGCGCUCAAAGUAUGCCAGGAGUUUCUGGAGAGUCUGGAGCAUAGUGACAUAGACAUAAGCUUGGAGGCACCACAAACACUUACAACUGAGGAGUGGGCCAAGUUUAUUGACAAUUACUACCUUGUUGUUCAUGGUGGAGCAGAGCUAGAGAACAGUGAACAUUUUGUCAAGUGCUGUGAGACUAUGCUGCAGAGGCUGGAGCAGGUCAGUCCACAGCUGGACAUAGAUGGCAUACACAACAUCUGGAUCAUCAAACCUGGAGCAAAGUCCAGGGGAAGAGGUAUCAAAUGUGCCAGGCGCCUAGAUCAGAUCCUCAGGCUGGUGAACAGUGAUCCAACCAUUAUUAAGGACAGUAAGUGGGUGGUGCAGAAGUACCUGGAGCGUCCCUUUCUGGUCCAUGGCACCAAGUUUGAUGUGCGCCAGUGGUUCCUGGUCACUGAUUGGAACCCUUUGACUGUGUGGUUCUAUAAAAAGUGCUAUUUGCGUUUCUCUACGCAGCCUUACUCACUGGAUACGCUGGACAGCUCUGUCCAUCUGUGCAACAACUCCAUCCAGAAGCACCUGGGACCCUCACAACAACGACAUCAAGGAAUCCCAGCACACAACAUGUGGUCAGAUGACCAGUUCAGGACCUUUCUGUCCAACCGGGGUUGCAAAGUUCAGUGGGAGACAGUGGUAGUCCCGGGCAUGAAGAAGGCUGUCAUACACGCAUUACAGACCACACAGGAUCUGAUAGAGUCACGCAAAAACACCUUUGAGCUCUACGGUGCUGAUUUCAUGUUAGGUCGUGACCUGCGUCCGUGGUUGAUAGAAAUCAAUUGCAGUCCCACCAUGGCUCCUUCCACCCCUGUGACAGCCCGCCUCUGUUCUGCUGUUCAGAAGGACACAUUACGAGUCAUUCUGGACCGGAGAAUUAACCGCACUGCAAACACAGGAGACUUUGAACUCAUAUAUAAGCAGCCCAUCCUGCUGUCACUGAGGCGCGGACAAGCCUCUGUCAGUUAUGCCCAGAGUCUGGCAGCAGCCCCUGAAACUCGCCUCACUGCUCUGGACAAUGGUUUGAGAGUUGCAUCAGAGGAGACAGGACAUGCCACAUGCACUGUUGGACUGUGGAUCAGCGCUGGAAGUCGCUAUGAGAGUGAAAAGAACAAUGGAGCAGGCUUCUUCUUGGAGCACAUGGCUUUCAAGGGAACCAAGAAAUACCCUCAGACAGCAUUGGAGCAGCAGGUGGAGUCUAUGGGUGCCCACCUGAGUGCCUACACCUCCCGGGAGCACACGGCAUACUACAUGAAGGCCCUAGCCAAAGACCUGCCUAAAGCCGUGGAGCUGCUUUCAGAGGUGGUGCAGGGCUGCUCGCUGAACGAGGCAGAGAUCGAGCAGCAAAGGAGCGUGGUGCUGCGAGAACUGGAGGAACUUGACAGCAACCUGCAGGAAGUUUGCCUGAACAUGCUGUAUGCAACAGCCUUCCAGGGCACUCCUAUGGGACACAGUGUGUUUGGACCUUCUAGCAAUGCCAGGAAUCUGACACGCCAGGACUUAGUGAAUUACAUCAACAGCCACUACAAGGCCCCUCGCAUGGUGCUGGCUGCUGCUGGAGGUGUGAAGCACGAGGAGCUGGUUGGUCUGGCCAGAUCUCAUUUGAGCGGAGUGUCUUUUGAGUAUGAGGGAGACGCCGUUCCUGUGCUGUCACCCUGCCGAUUUACAGGCAGUCAGAUUUUAAUGCGUGAUGAUGAUUUGCCUCUGGCACAUGUUGCCAUCGCUGUGGAAGGGGCCAGUGCUGCCAGCCCAGACGUCGUUCCCCUCAUGGUGGCCAACUCCAUCAUCGGCAGCUAUGACCUCACCUAUGGUGGUGGCAAGCAUCUGAGCAGCCAUCUGGCUCACCUGGCUGUGGAAAAUAACUUGUGUCACAGCUUCCAGGCUUUCCACUCCUUCUACAGUGACACCGGCCUGAUGGGCAUUUACUUUGUGACUGAUAAACACCACAUCGAGGACAUGAUGCACUGGUCCCAGGAUGCCUGGAUGAAACUGUGUACCAUAGUGACAGAGAGUGAUGUAGCCAGAGGCAAGAACGCUCUGAAGGCCAGUCUGGUUGGACAGCUCAAUGGAACAACACCAAUUUGUGAUGACAUUGGGAGACACAUCCUGAACUAUGGUCGGCGUAUUCCUUUGGAAGAGUGGGAUGCUCGGAUCGAUGCUGUGACCCCCAGGAUGGUACGCGAUGUUUGCACCAAAUACAUUUAUGACAAGUGUCCUGCUGUGGCAGCUCUCGGACCCAUUGAGCAGCUACCUGAGUACAACAGAAUGCGCAGUGCCAUGUACUGGCUCAGUUUUUAAGAGAAGUUGUCAUGUUGCUCCAUGUGUCCCCACAUUUGCUCCUCAUUUUCCUCCUCAGCAUUAGCCUACUUUUCUUUCACCGUCAGUGAUAUUCUGCCUGAGGACUGUAUGCACGCUGGUUUGUCAGCACAGACAGCCAGCCCCUCUUCUCUUUCCCACUGCUGUGAGUUGUGAUUUACCUACUGACUUGCAGAGGGGAGGGGAGAGUGGACGAACUUGAAUUCAAGUCAUUACUCGACACAGUACAGCUGAUACUGAAUACAGCAGUUUGGAACAAGAGUGUAUUUAUCAUUUGUAUUGUUUCUGUCCUCUAUUGUACAUACCAGAAGCUCUGUCUGACAAAAAUAAAAUCCCAUAAAACUAGGGUUGCACAAUAAAUUUUGUGAAUUGGAUUUAGAUCCCUAUGUGA